AUGCCAGUUUUUGCUGUUCCAGUUGGGCGAGCUCCACGAAAGAGAUGUUACUCCGAUGCUGCCAAUGAACCGUCUACUAAACAGAAAAUGUCUGUAGAAUCAGCGCCAUGCUUGGAAAACAAGCCAGGCAGUGUAAUUCCACCGAUCACUUCUAUACCUGACGAACAGCCACCGCGACUCCUUCUUUCAAAAAAAGAGGUCUAUGAUCUGGCUGGAAAAGUUCGCACACUGACCAAGUUGAUGAAGCAUCCAAGAGCCGCUAUUCCGGAGCACAAAAACAAGAUGGUGGAGCUUCAUAACUAUCUCCAAGCUGUAGUCGCUGCCAAAUGGACCAUCGCCACUACCGAAACCAUCUGCAAUCACAAAUACGUCUGCGACAACAUCCAGAAAUCCGAAGAAGUCGUUAUCCGUUGCGUGGUUCUGGGCGAGGAUUACACUACUGUGACUAAGGAAGUCUACUGGGAGCAAUACAACGUAAUACAAUCAUAUCACACGCGGUACAUGUUUUUCUACAAAUAUUAUUACUUCUUCUUUUUGUACUGCAUCAGUUAUUCCAUGUUUUAG